AUGGGGAAAGAAAAUAUAGAUAAUAAAGGACUUUAUGAUAGUAGGAAUGAAAAGGAUGCUUGUGGUGUCGGUGUAGUAGCUGAUAUUAAUGGGAAGUUUUCUAGAAAUGUGAUACAGAAAGCUUUACAAAUAUUAUUACGGUUAAGUCAUAGAGGUGGUGUACAAGGAAAUAAUGGAGAUGGUGCUGGUAUUUUAGUUGGAAUACCACAUGAAUACUUUCAAAUGUUAAGUGAUACUUGUCAAUUACCUUUUUUAUUACCAGAAAAAGGAGAAUAUGCUGUUGCUCAAAUAUUUUUACCACAAAAUGAAGAAAGAAGACUUUUUUUAUACCAUGAAAUUGAAAAGGAAGUAUAUAAUCAUGGAUUAGUCGUAUUAGGAUGGAGAUCUCCUAUACCUGUUCGACGUGAUGUUAUUAGUUGUAGUGUUAAAAAAAGUGAACCUUUUAUUGCUCAAAUGUUUGUUUGUAAAAGAUCGGUUUUUAAAAAUUAUGAUGAUUUCAAUAUAUAUCCAUUUUCAGAUAUAAAUUUUACAGAUGAUAGUAAUUUGAAAUUAAAUGAAUUACCAGAUGAUAUUGAAUUAUUAUCAUUCUUUAUAAGAAAAAAAUUAGUUAGACAUAAUGAUAUGUAUUUCUGUAGCUUUUCAUCUAGAACUAUUGUAUAUAAAGGACUAUUAACGCCUUCACAAAUAUAUUUAUAUUUUGAAGAUUUAUUAAGUGAAAAUUUUACAUCCUAUUUAGCUAUGGUACAUGUACGUUUUUCAACUAACACAUCACCUACAUGGUAUGCUGCUCAUCCUUUUAGAAGAAUAUGUCACAAUGGAGAAAUAAAUACGAUCAGUGUUAAUUCUAUUUUAUUUCAAGAACGUAUGGAAUCAGCAAAAACUCCUGAAUGUUUCAAAUCAGUAUCCAUAAAAGAUCUAAGACCAAUAAAUGAAGAAAAUUAUAUCAUAUAUGAUAAUGAUGAUGAAAUAAUACAAAAAAGAGAUACUUUUGAAGAUAUUAUGUUAACACAAAAUAGAUUGAAAAAAAAGUCUAGAAGAAAUUUACUUUUAAAAUUAAAGAAGGAUUAUACUUAUAAUAGUUCAGCUAUUCAUUAUAAUAUUAAAAGAGAAUAUAUGAAUUCUGAUAUUAAUAGUAAUUCAGAAUUUUUAAGUAAUGUAAAUGAUGACUCCAAAAGUUCCUCUGAUGUAGAUAAAAUAAGUGAAGAAAAUUUAAUGAACCAUUUGAAAGAAAAAAAUAAUAAAGCUUUUAGAAAGUCUAUGAAAAAUCAAAUUAAACAUGGAGAAUCACAAAAAACCAAAGGCGCUAUUAGUUAUCCAUCUGAUUCUUCUAUAUUUGAUAAUGCAAUCGAUUUUCUUACUAUGACAGGUAGGGAAAUUGAACAUGCAGUCAUGAUGUUAAUGCCUAGAGCAUAUCAAAAAGAUCCAAAUAUAAGUCCAUUAGAAAAAGCUUUUUAUGAAUAUCAUACCUGUAUUAUGGAACCAUGGGAUGGACCGGCUUUAAUUAUAUUUACAGAUGGAUAUAAAGUAGGUGCAUCAUUAGAUAGAAAUGGGUUAAGGCCAGCAAGAUAUAGUAUUACUAAUUAUGGAUUGUUUGUUUUAUCUAGCGAAACCGGAGUAGUAGAUUUAUCAUAUGACAAAAUUGUUCAUAAGGGUUCGGUUUAUCCUGGUAAAGUUGUUUUAGUAGAUUUUAAGGAAAAAAAAUUUUUAAGACAUGAAGAAGUAUUGAGUAAGUUUUUAAGAGAAAGACCAUAUAAAAAAUGGAUAGAUCAUUAUUCUAUACAUAUGGAUAACAUAAUUAGGCCAGUAACAAAUAUGGAGAAUAUUCGUAUGAAUGCAUAUAAGUAUGGUGCUAUAUUGAAUAAAGACAAUUAUUAUCAUAACAAUAAUACAAAUAUAAACAACAGCAACAACAAUAAUAAUAAUAAUAUGAUUAAAAGUAAUAGUAAUGCUCUUAGUAUUAAUAAUAAUAAAACAUGUUUAAAUGAUAUAGAUUAUUAUGACGAAUCAUUAAUUAAAAAAUUAAAAGCAUUUGGAUAUACAUAUGAUGCUUUUAAUAUGAUCAUAUCACCAAUGGUUAAACAUGCAGCUGAUGGAUUAGGUUCAAUGGGGAAUGAUACAGCCUUUCCAUUUUUAAGUUAUUUGCAUCGUAAUUUAUUAUAUUAUUUUCAGCAAACAUUUGCACAAGUCACCAAUCCAGCUAUAGAUCCUAUUAGAGAAGAGAAUAUUAUGUCUCUAAUGAGUAAUCUAGGAAAAGAAGGAGAUUUGUUACAAUAUAGUCAUGUUAAUUGUCAUCGUAUAUUUAUAAAUGGACCUAUAUUAAAUGAAGCUUUAUAUAAUAUGUUACUUCAAUUACCUGAUUUUCCACAUAUUAUAAUUGAUAUGACGAUAGAUUUGGAUAAACUACAAUCCAUGAUGAUUAAUGUAAAUAGUAAUUUUUCACCUAAUAAAGAUGGUGACCCUAGUCAAAACAUUCACAACAAUAUUGUUAGUAAUAAGAAUUCGGAAGAUCCUUCAAAAUUGGAUGUGUGUAAAACAAAACAAGCAAAAGAGGAACAUACUAAGAAAAAGCAUAUAUCAUCUAAAUAUUUAAUUAAAUUUAUUGAUAGCGUUAAUUCUAAAGCUGAAAAUGCUAUUAAAAAAGGAUGUCAAUUAAUCAUUUUAUCACAUAAUAAUGUUAAUGAAAAGAGAGUGCCCAUAUUUUCUAUAUUAAUUGUAGGUGCAUUACAUAAAUAUUUAUUAAGUAAAAAUUUAAGAACAAAAUGUUCAUUGAUUGUUAAAGCUGGAGACUGUUUUGAGAUUCAUCAUUUGGCUGUUCUUUUAUCUUUUGGUGCUGAUUGUAUUUAUCCAUAUAUUUUAUAUGAGAGUUUACAGUUCAUCAAAUUUGCUGAUAAUGAAGCAAGGCUAAGUAAUAACCAGAUGAUAAGUAAUUAUAGACAUGCAGCUAAUUAUGGUAUAUUAAAAAUAAUGUCUAAAAAUGGAAUAUCUACAUUACCAAGUUAUAAAGGUUGUGGUUUAAUGCAACCCUUGGGAAUAUCAGAUGAAAUAUUAAAAAAAUGUUUUAUAAAUGUAUGUGAUUCAAUAAUUGGUGGAGUGACUUUUGAAUUUGUUGAAAAAGAAAUAUUAAAUAUAUUUUAUCUUGCAUAUCCAAAGAGAAUCUUAACACUAAAUUUAAAAGAUGCAAAUGAAGAAUUAGAUGAUUAUGGUGAAUAUCAUUUUAGAAAUAUAGGGAAAUCUCAAAUACAUAUGAAUCAUCCUGAAACUAUUAGUUUAUUACAAAAAGCUACAAGAAGUGGUAAUAAAGAUACUUAUAAAAAAUAUUCUGAAUUACAAAAUGAAUUGAUUAAUCAUUGUGAAAUUAGAGGACAGUUGGAAAUUAAUUAUAAAAAAUGUCCAUCAUAUAAUAAAAUAAAAAAGAAACAUGAACCAAUUAAUAUUCAUUUAGUAGAACCAGUAAAUAAAAUAUUAUUAAGAUUCUGUACCGGGGCUAUGUCCUUUGGAUCUUUGUCAGAAGAAGCACAUACUACUGUAGCUACUGCCAUGAAUAGUAUGGGUUUAAAAUCAAAUACCGGAGAAGGAGGAGAAGCAGAAGAAAGAAUAAAAACAGCCAAUAACGAAAUAAAUACAAAUUCUGCCGUAAAACAAAUUGCUUCAGCCCGAUUUGGUGUUACUGCAUAUAGUUUAGUAAAUGCACAAGAAUUGCAAAUAAAAGUAGCACAAGGAUCCAAACCAGGAGAAGGUGGAGAAUUACCAGGUUAUAAAGUAAGUUCUAAAAUAGCUUCUAUUCGUAGAAGUACUCCAGGAGUUGGUUUAAUAUCUCCUCCACCACAUCAUGAUAUGUAUUCUAUUGAAGACGUAGGUCAAUUGGUAUAUGAUUUGAAAAAUAUAAAUAAAGAAGCAAAAAUAUCAGUGAAACUUGUAUCAAAGUUAGGUAUUGGUGUUAUAACAUCAGGGGUGGUUAAAGGAAAUUGCGAACAAAUUUUAAUAAGUGGAACAUCGGGUGGUACAGGUGCUUCUAAAUGGACUUCAAUUAAGCAUGCAGGUUUACCAUGGGAAAUUGGUUUAGCAGAAGCUCAUCAAACGUUAUGUAAAUCGAAACUACGAAAAAGAGUUAUUUUACAAAUUGAUGGGCAACUAAAAACUGGAAGAGAUGUGAUUUUAGGAGCAUUAUUAGGUGCUGAAUCAUUUAGUUUUUCUACUCAACCAUUAAUAUCAUUAGGUUGUAUUAUGAUGAGGAAAUGUCAUUUGAAUAUUUGUCCUGUUGGUAUAUGUACACAAGAUCCUGAAUUAAGGAAAAAAUUUGCUGGAAAACCUGAAUAUAUUGUUAAUUUCUUUUUUAUGUUAGCUGAAGAAGUUCGAGAAUACUUGGCUAGUAUGGGAUUCCGAAAAUUUUCUCAAAUUAUAGGUAGAUCUGAUUUGUUAAAAAAAAAAGAUCAUUUGAAAUAUGAUGAGAAAAGGAAACUCUUGGAUUUUUCGAAACUGUUAUUUCCUGGAUGGAAAUAUUAUGCAGAGGAUGAAAUGAAAGAUGAUCAGAAUAAAAGAUAUAAAAAUAUAUCAAAUAAAAAAAAGAAAUAUAAUACAAAUUCUUUGUACUCUGCUUCAAAGCAUAAAAAAAAAAAUACCAAAGCUGGUCUACAUUCGAUUAAAAAAAAAAUGAAGAAUAGAAAACAGGUCCUAAUAAAUGAAAGUUUUAAUACUAUUAAAAAGUAUAAAAUUAAUUCCAAACAAGCGGAUACUAUAGAAAGGGUUAAUGGACAAAAUGAAUAUUUCAUAAAUGUAGAAUGUGAUGAAGCAGAUGCGGAAAAUGAAAGUGAUCAGAACGACAAUAAUGAGGAAGAAGAAACGGAUAAGAGUGAUGUAGAGGAAAAUAUUGAUAAUGAUGAAAAUGAAGAUAUGGAUCAAAUUGAUGAUAUAGAUGAAGAAGAUGACGAAUAUUAUAAUGAUGGUAGUGAUGAUAGUGAUGAUAGUGAUGAUAGUGAUGGUAAUGAUGAUAGUGAUGAUAAUGAUGAUGAUAUAGAUGAUUUAGAUGAUGUAGAUGAUGUAGAUGAUUUAGAUGAUGUAGAUGAUUUAGAUGAUGUAGAUGAUUUAGAUGAUUUAGAUGAUGUAGAUGAUAUAGAUGAUGUAGAUGAUGUACAUAAUGCAGAUAAUGUAAAUUGCCGAAAAGAUAAUCAUACUGACCAUGAUUAUGAUGAUAAUAACAAUGUUAAGGAUGAAUAUCCAAAUAAUAAUGACAAGAAAGGACAAAACAGUAGAGAGAAGAGAAACAAAAAAAAAAGUAUGAAUAGGAACAUAAUAUAUAAAUAUCAAUAUAAAGAAAAGGGUUCUUAUAAUAUAAAUAAGAAGAACCAUAAUAAUAAUAAUAUUAAUAAAAAGAAUACUAAGAAAAUAAAGAAAAAAAUUCAUUUAAAAAAGAAAAAAGUAAAACCAAUUCCUAUAUUUUGUUGUGAAACUCAAAAUCAUAAAUUAUCUGAUGUUAUUGAUAGAGAAUUAAUCAGGAGAUCAAAGAUUGCCUUAUUAAAUUGUACACCUGUGAAUAUUAAAAUGCCUAUUAAAAAUACAGAUAGAGCGGUUGGAGCUAUGUUAAGUUAUCAUAUAAUACAAAAAUAUGGAGAAGAAGGAUUACCAAUUGAUACGAUAAAUGUGAAAUUUCGAGGUACAGGUGGAUUAUCAUUUGGUGUAUUUUUAACGAGUGGAGUAAAUUUUGAAUUAGAAGGAGAUGCAAAUGAUUUUGUAGGUAAAGGUUUAUCAGGUGGUAUCAUAUCAGUACAUUUUCCAAAGAACGCUUUAUUUAUAAACGAAUGUCAAAAAAAUGUUAUAGCUGGAAAUUCUGUUUUAUAUGGAGCUACAAAAGGAAGAGCAUUUUUUGCUGGAAGAGCAGGUGAAAGAUUUGCUGUUCGAAAUUCAGGAGCAAUUGCUGUUGUAGAAGGUGUUGGUAGUCAUGGUUGUGAAUAUAUGACAAAAGGUAUAGUAGUAGUGUUAGGUGAAAUUGGUUGUAAUUUUGCUGCUGGUAUGAGUGGAGGUAUAGCAUAUGUAUUAGAUAUAAAUGAGAAAAAUGUAAAUCAUCAAAUGGUUGAUUUGAAAGUUUGUAAAACUAUGGAUGAAAAAAUGACUUUAGAAAAAUUAUUACAUGAACAUUAUGAAAGAACUAAUUCAUAUACAGCCAAAAUGUUAUUACAAAAUUUUGAUGAAAAUUUACAACGUUUUACUAAAAUUAUACCUAGAGAUAUUAAAAGAGUUUUAACCGAAGCUUGUAUUGAAUUUGUUAAAACAGGUAAUGAAGAAGCAGCUGCUAUUUUAGAUGAUUGGGCUUCCUUAUUAAAAAGUGUAGAUCAACCAGAACAUAUGUAUAAAAAAGCUAUGCAAUUCUUUACAACUAUUACUGAUGAUAUAUCAGGAUUAUCCAAAUCUUUAGCAUUAAGAAGUGUAGAUGGAUUAAUUAUUUAUGAUAUAUUACAAGAACAACGUAGUCGAAAUUUAUUAAGUAUAAAAAAUUCGUCCAAUGAUUUUAAUAGUUUAAAUAAUGAAGAACAAAAUAUUAAGAAAAAAAAAUUUUUCGAUUUUGAAAGUUUUAUACAUAAUCUAGAAUUGUGCAGAAGUAAUAAUAGAAAAUGGAGACGAUUCUCUGAAAUCCCUUUCAAAUGUAAUGCAUUUUCAGAUUUUAAAAAUACCUUUCCUGAAAAAUUAGAUGAUAAAUCAAAAGAAAUGAUAAAAAAAUAUAUUCUUAAUGAACAAUAUUUAUUAGAUUUACAUUUGAAAUCAUUAAAUUCAAAUAAAUUUAUUGAAAAAUUGAUUAUUAGAGAAACAGAUGAUUAUAUUCAUAUGGAUCAAAAACAACUAAGUCCAAAUAUAUACACCUUAAAAAAAUAUUUAUAUCCAUCGGAUAAUUAUGAUGUUUCUAAUAUUUCCAAUUCUAUGACAGCCUAUAAUAAAAUUAAUGGGGUACACUUAAUGAACAAGCAAAAUGAAAAUAAGCAAAAUGCAGAAGUGCCUAAUUCCUAUGAUUUUUCUGGGUAUACAUUGGGUGCAAGAAGAAAAACGGCUGAUAUGGUAAAUAUUCAAAAGGAUGAUGAAAAUGACAUACGUAUUGCAAAUAAUACGAAAAGUAUAAGUAAUACAAAUGAUAUGAACAAUGUAAGCAAUAUGAACAAUAUGAACAAUGUAAACAAUGUAAACAAUGUAAACAAUGUAAACAAUGUAAGCAAUAUGAACAAUAUGAACAAUAUGAACAAUAUGAACAAUAUAAACAAUAUGAACAAUAUAAACAAUAUGAAUAAUAUAAAUAAAGAUGAUAAUAAUAAUAUUAAUGGUGAUGAUACAAACAACACCGUCAUUUCUGAAGUUACCAAUACUACGUAUGCUAACAAAUCAUCAAAUUAUUCACAAUCGCAAUAUGCUAAAACAAGUGGUGAUGGUAAAAUAAAGAAAUAUAGUGUAGACACCGAAAUUAGUGAUAUGACUAGGGUUUCAUCAGAUUAUGGAAAUGCUUCAAGCAUCAGUUCUACGAAACCUUUUUUAGUUGCUAAUCCAAAUAAAGUUACAGGAUUUAAAGAAUAUGAAAGAUUAUCUCAUCCACUUAAAGAUAUUAGUAGUAGAGUAUUAGAUUAUUCCGAAAUUAUUGUACCCAUAAACGUUAAAAGUAAACUACAUAAUCAAUUAUUAAAAACACAAGCUUCUAGAUGUGUUGAUUGUGGUACCCCAACUUGUCAUUAUCCUAAUUCGAGUGGUGGUGGCUGUCCCUUAGGUAAUAGAAUUUUUGAUUGGAACAAUUUAGUAUAUGAAAAUGAAUGGAAGAAAGCACUAGAACGUUUAUUAGAUACCAAUAAUUUCCCAGAAAUUACCGGUCGUGUUUGUCCAGCACCUUGUGAAGAUGCAUGUGUUUUAAGUAUAAAUGAGAAGGCUGUAUCAAUAAAAUUUAUUGAAUUAUCUAUUAUUGAAUAUGGAUUCAUAAAAAAAUGGAUACAACCAAUGAUACCAAUUAGUCGUACUGGAAAAAAAGUGGCAAUUGUGGGUUCAGGACCAGCGGGAUUAACUGCAGCACAACAAUUAAACAAAGCUGGGCAUGAAGUAACUGUUUUUGAAAAGGAUGAAUAUUUUGGAGGAUUAUUAAUGAAUGGAAUACCAAAUGUACGUUUAGAUAAAAAAAUUCUAGAGAGAAGAUUAAUAUUAAUGAAAAAAGAAGGAAUUUUAAUGAAAAAUAAUGUAAAUGUAGGUGUAGAUAUAACAUUAUCUGAUUUAGUAAAAGAAUAUGAUGCUAUACUUUUAGCUACUGGUUAUAAAAUUCCUAGAAAGUUAGAUAUUCCAGGUGCUAAUUUAAAUAAUAUUUAUUUUGCUAUGGAUUUCUUAACAUCAUGUCAAAUAUCAUUAACAAAAUCAGAUAUGACAGAUGAUAAUUAUAUAGAUGUAUCUGAAAAACAUGUUAUCAUAUUAGGUGGAGGAAAAACAGCAGUAGAUUGCAUCAGUUUAGCUAUUCGUAUGGGUGCGUCUAGUGUGUUACAAUUUACACGACAAGAAAUUCUUCCUAUGAAUACAUCAGAAUAUUGGUGGCCAGGAUUAAAAAAUAUUUUCAAAGUUGAAUAUUCACAUGAGGAAGCUAUCAUUAUACAAGGUAGAGAUCCAAGAGAAUUUUGUGUGAGGAGUUUGGAAUUCAUUCCAUCUAAUAAAGACCCUAAAAGAGUUUCUGGAAUUAGAGCUAUAAGAGUAAAAUUAAAAAAAAACUUAAAAAGUGAAAUGAAACAAAAUAAUAAAAUGUUAUAUAAUAAUUAUAUGGAUAAUCAUCGUAAUAAUUCAUCCAAAAUAGAUUUAAAGAAACAUCUAUCUAAAACAAAUAAAUUAAAAAGUAUUAAAAGUAUUUCAAAAGGCCCAACUCAAGAAACAACAACAGCAAGUUCUUAUUCUUCUUCAUCUCCUGCAGAAAAUGAUAUUAUUCAGAAUUACCAAAUAAUAAAGGAUCAUAAUGAAUAUUUUGAUAUACCAUUUACUGAAAGAAUUUAUAAAGCUGAUGUAGUCAUUUUAGCAUUGGGAUUUUCAAAAACAGAUGAUUCCAUAUGGGAAAAUGAUAAUAUAAAAAUUGAACUUAAUAAUUAUAAUUGCAUAAAAACAAACAAUAGAAUUUAUCAAACUAAUCAUAAAAAUAUAUUUGCAUGUGGAGAUUGUAGAAUAGGACCUAGUACAGUAGUACAAGCAAUUGCCGAAGGAAGAGAUGUAGCUUCUAAAAUAGAUGAAUAUUUAACUAAUUCGGUAUCUAUACUUCCUCCAUGUAAUACUUAUUAUUAUUAUCCUAAGAAUUAUAAGAAUGUUCCCUUUGGUUCUUCUAACUGGGGAUAA